AUGUCUCUCAUUGGGUCCCCCGCUCCCCCCAAGCCGAAGAAGAAGAACAAGAAGAAGCACAGUACAGACUACGACUACGACAUCUAUUUGCCUGGCCUUGCCGCGCCUUGCCUCGCUCUAGGCUCCAAGGUAGCAAGUAGCAACAAGGUAGGCCUCUCUGCUUCCUUGCCCACCCCUCCGGUGCGCCUCUUCCACUGGGCACCUACUCACUCGCUCUUCGCCAUCCUCUCUGCCGGCCGCCGCUUCGACUCUGAGGUGUAUCAAACAGCAGCCGCAGCCGCCAGCAACAGCACCAGCAACCCAACAGCAGCACCUCACCUCCUCACCUUACCUACCUCACCUCACCAUUUCUCAACACCAGCCGACGCCGAUGCCGACGCCGCCCUCGCCGCUGCCCAGAACGCGACGCCCUUUUCCCCUUCCCACAAAGUACCUCCCCUGUGCCUGUGCCUGUACCAGGAUCCACCCCACCACAAUCCAGAUCUCCGAAGCUUCUCUGCAAGCCCUGCCGCUACCGACCACGCCCACUCCCACGCAACCCUCAACUCGCUGAGACGAACUAGGAAGCUCUGCGCUGCAGCUGCUCGCCGUUUCGUUCAAAAUGUCAAUAAAUAUCUGCAAGAGCAGCAUGCCCUUACCAUUGCCCGCACCGUCCAGAGAGAACGACAGCUUGCCCAGGCCCGCCUAGAUUCUGACCAUGGUGAUAGUUGGGUCAUGAUCACCCAGACGGGUGACAUCAACCCUCUUCCUCACGAACACAUCAGACACAGAUCCAAUGCCAAAGUAAGCCUCGAGCUGUCGGUACCCAAGGCCUUACAGCAAGGAAGGACGCCCUUUGCGCGCAAGAGCGACAAUGGCACGGCAUACAUCACAACACAACGGGUCAUUUACAUUCCUGCAAAACCCACCGCCGAGUUCAAGUCGUUCCAUGCGCCAAUCUUGAACUGCGCCGAUUCCUACGUUGGCUCGCCGUUCUUUGGCGCCUGGUUCUGGUCCGCCACCGUCGUGCCCGUCUCUGGAGGCGGCGUGCCUGCCGACAUACCACGGGUCGAGGUGAAGAUGAGCUUCAAGGAGGGCGGUCACAGCGAGUUCCGGCAAAGGUUCGAGGAGCUCAAGGAACGACUUGAGCAUGUGAGGCGUCUGCAGCAGGAAACGGGACAGACGGUCAACAUUCCGGACGAGCCGCUGCCGGCCUACGAAGCAACCGAGGGCGGCGGAGCAGCUCCGAGCAGCCUGGCGCCGCAACAGCAGCAACAGCAGCAGCAGGAAGAAGCAGCCGGUCGGCCGGCGAGUUCGGGGGGUCAGAAUGCGAACCGGCGUCCGGACGAACCCCCACCGGAUUAUGAUGAGGCGCAAGCACAGACGCUCAGCAUGCGACUCGAGGACCAUGUUCGCGAAGAGUCUGACAGAGCAUAG